UAACGUCGGCGUUAUCUACUUUCCUUACCGUACCUUCAGAUUGGUCAAUCUCCUUUCCCUCCCCACAACACAACACAACACAAGCUGAAGAUUUUUCUUUCUCUUCUCUUUUUUUCUAAAACUAUUUUUCGAAUAUUUGUUUAUCCAAAUUCAAUUUAGCUUUCAAGUUUAACAGCAAUUAUGACGUGAUAUUAAUGUUUUUAUGAUGAGUCGAUAAUGGCGAUUAGUGAAGCUUCUGAGCUGUGUCAUAGAUUUAGCAUAAAGAAUACGAUGCAUAGUUUCUGGUUCUGGAUGUUCAUUUUCAAGGAAAGAUCUCUUCUGUGUUUGAAGUUACAGCUCUGACGCAUCUUCUUCGCAUGCAUAACAGCAUAACCGUUUUGGAUUUUCAUUGCAUUUGGAUUGGGGUUCCAGAAGAUUAUCACAUGUGCUGUUUUCCUAUGGAUGAGGACGGGUUAUAAUCAUCGUGAGCUUGGGCAUUUAGGAUGACAGGGGGCGUACAGAUGAGUAUUGAUGGUGACGACAAAGAGCUGAAAGAACUGACUAAAGACGGAGUUGCUGGUGAGAAGCGCUGUUUAUGUGAGGAUAAUGAAGUGAAAUGUAAUGGAUUAUCUCAAGAAGUUAAGGUUGGACAGGGGGGGACUGUGGAAUCCUCUUCGGUUCAGCAGCAUAUAUCACAGCAACAGCCUCAAGGGUCAAUGAUUUGUUGGGAGAGGUUUUUACAUAUUAGAUCUCUUAAGGUCUUGCUUGUGGAAUAUGAUGACUCUACCCGCCUAGUUGUGAAUGCACUGCUUCGCAAUUGUAGUUAUGAAGUUAUUGAAGCACCAAACGGAUUGCAUGCUUGGAAGAUAUUAGAGGAUUUAACCAAUCAUAUUGAUCUCAUUUUGACUGAGGUAGCAAUGCCUGGCUUAUCAGGCAUUGGUCUUCUAUACAAGAUUAUGGGCCACAAAACACGGAAAAAUAUUCCAGUUAUUAUGAUGUCUUCUCAUGACUCUAUGGGUUUAGUCUUUAAGUGUUUGUCAAAGGGUGCUGUUGACUUUCUAGUUAAACCCAUACGGAAGAAUGAGCUUAAAAACCUUUGGCAGCAUGUUUGGAGGAGAUGCCAUAGUUCUAGCGGGAGUGGCAGUGAAAGUGGCACACAAACCCAGAAGUCUGUAAAAUCAAAGAGUCUUGAGAAGUCUGAUAAUAAUUCUGGAAGCAAUGAUGAGUAUGAUAAUGGAAGUGAAGGCUUGAAUAAUGGUGAUGGAAGUGACAAUGGUAGUGGCACUCAGAGCUCCUGGACCAAAAGAGCUGUAGAAGUUGAAAGUCCCAAGCCAGUUUCCCAGUGGGAUCAAAUAGCUGAGUGCCCGGACAGCACUUGUGCUCAAGUUGUUCACUCCAAUGCUGAAAUAUGCAGGAACAAUGUGGUUCUCCUAUCCACAAAGGAGUGUCCAGAACAAAAGGAACAACUUAAUGAAAGCUGACUCAUUAGAGAUAUUGACUUUAUGGUAGACGACUAUAUAAAUGGGGUUCCAGUCAAAACUGCAGGUUCAAAACAUAGCAACGCACUUGAUGUAGGCCCCUCUAAAUUCAAUGAGCAAAUUAAUAGAGGACAGCUGGACCUUAAUUGUGAGAAUCAAUCGAACAAGCUAAGAUGCAAAGGUCUUUCAUUGUCUGAUGCCAUUACUAGCACUUCUGAGUUUCAGAUGCGUGGCGGAGAAUUUGAAGCCCUAAAUGGAAGACCCAAGUCCUCAGGUAUUGAACACAAAGGUGCUAAUAAUUAUGAAGAAUUGCCAUCUCUUGAGCUCAGUUUAAAGAGGCUUAGAGGAGUUAAAGAUGCUGGUAUUGCAGUUCAGGAUGAAAGGAAUGUUUUAAGACGUUCUGAUCUGUCUGCUUUCUCGAGGUACAAUGCAGUCCCUAACACUAAGAAAUCUCCCACUGGAUGUGUUGGAAGCAAUUUUCCACAUAAUAAUAGCUUAGAAGUUACAAAGAAAGAUUCAUCUCGUGGCAUUCAAUCUCAUUCCAGGGGCAAUCCUCCUAACCAGAACUCAAAUGGGGCUAGCAACAACAAUGAUAUGGGUUCUACUACUAAUAAUGCUUUUACUAAAUCUGCAGUUGUAAGUGAGCCGGCAGUGGCAUCAACAACCAAAUGUUUGUACCAAACCUCUGCUUUCCAGUCCAUAAAGAACAGCCUUGUGUGUACUUCCAAACAAGUUGUCUUACAUAAUACUGAAGAUACGACAGCAACAAUGCUGGCACCACCUAGAGUAAACACCCACAAGGAUUAUGCAAGUCAGGACUUCCAUCACCAUUAUGAAAAUCGUAACUGUAUUGCUGACGACAUGCAGCACCAACUGGCACCUGAUCAUGAUGCUGAAUCUUUGAACAAAAUGGCUGCUGCUGCUCCACAUUGUGGGUCAUCAAAUGUGGUUGAAGGUAAUAUUGAAAAUUACAGUAUCAAUAGAAGUGCUUCAGGCAGCAACAAUGGAAGCAAUGGACAAAAUGGGAGCAGCGCUGCAGUUAAUGCUAGUGGGACAAUAAUAGAAAGCAACAAUGGACUCGCUGGGAAUAGUGGCAGUGGUGAUGCAAGUGGGACUGGAAGUGCCAGCAGGACAGAUCAAAACAAGAGUUUGCAAAGGGAAGCAGCCUUAACUAAAUUUCGCCAGAAGAGAAAGGAGAGAAAGGAGAGGUGCUUUCAUAAACAGGUUCGAUAUCAGAGCAGAAAGAAAUUAGCUGACCAACGACCCCGAUUUCGUGGACAAUUUGUGCGACAGUCCUCAAACGAAGAUGCAAGUGAUGCAACAGAUAGCUGAUUCAGAGCAUUUGCCACAAUUGCGUAAUGAUGGGAUAUGUAAGAAUAAGUCGAGGAGCCUUCAUGUUGAAUUUGGGUAGUGUUUGUAUCGUCGUGUAUUGUGCUAAUGUAUAAUGAACUCAAUUUAUUCCAACUACUACGCUCAUUUGGAAUCUGAAUCAUUUUAGGUUGUGAGAGAUUGUUAUGCUGAUUGAUUUUCAUUUAGCGACCUUAUAAUUUCUAAUUGUAAAAUAACAAGAGACAAUAUUGAAUUU